GCUCGGAGCCGAUCUACCGACUGGGGCCAGCGCGGCAAACCUGCGGCGGCUGAUGCGCGCGCAUCCUCCCCUGCCUCCUCCCGUCUCUCCUUGAUUGGCGCGUUCUGGUGACGUUGUGGGCAGCAUGGCCGCCGCGAAGCCGGGAAGGUGAAGUCAGGGGAUUGGUGGAGUCAGUACAAUCAGCCAACCUCAACCUGAGUCCAGCCAGAAGAACUCAAAUUUGUUUCAUCUUUUUGACUUCAGCCAUGCCCACGAUGCUUACCCUGUGAAGGUCUCCUACCACCCAAAAAACGCAAUGUCCCUGCUCUUCUCUCGGUGCAACUCCAUUGUCACAGUCAAGAAGGAUAAGAGACACAUGGCUGAGGUGAAUGCUUCCCCACUCAAGCACUUUGUCACUGCCAAGAAGAAGAUCAAUGGCAUCUUUGAGCAGCUGGGGGCCUACAUCCAGGAGAGUGCCACCUUCCUCGAAGACACCUACAGGAAUGCAGAAUUGGACCCCGUUACGACGGAAGAACAGGUCUUGGACGUCAAAGGCUACCUGUCCAAAGUGAGGGGCAUCAGCGAGGUGCUGGCCCGGCGACACAUGAAAGUGGCUUUUUUUGGCCGGACGAGCAAUGGGAAAAGCACCGUGAUCAAUGCCAUGCUCUGGGACAAAGUUCUGCCCUCUGGAAUUGGCCACACCACCAAUUGUUUCCUGCGGGUAGAGGGCACAGAUGGCCAUGAGGCUUUCCUCCUCACUGAGGGCUCAGAGGAGAAGAGGAGUGUCAAGACUGUGAACCAGCUGGCCCAUGCCCUCCACCAAGACGAGCAGCUCCAUGCUGGCAGCCUGGUGAGCGUGAUGUGGCCCAACUCCAAGUGUCCACUUCUGAAGGAUGACCUCGUGCUGAUGGACAGCCCAGGGAUUGAUGUCACCACCGAACUGGACAGCUGGAUUGACAAGUUUUGCCUGGAUGCUGAUGUGUUUGUGCUGGUGGCCAACUCCGAGUCCACCCUGAUGCAGACGGAGAAGCAGUUUUUCCACAAGGUGAGCGAGCGCCUCUCCCGCCCAAACAUCUUCAUCCUGAACAACCGCUGGGACGCCUCCGCCUCGGAGCCUGAGUACAUGGAGGAGGUCCGGCGGCAGCACAUGGAGCGCUGUACCAGCUUCCUGGUGGAUGAACUGGGCCUAGUGGACCGAGCCCAGGCUGGGGACCGCAUCUUCUUUGUGUCUGCCAAGGAGGUGCUCAAUGCAAGGAUCCAGAAAGCCCAGGGCAUGCCUGAAGGAGGGGGCGCCCUUGCAGAAGGCUUUCAAGUGAGGAUGUUUGAGUUUCAGAAUUUUGAGCGGAGAUUUGAGGAAUGCAUCUCCCAGUCUGCAGUGAAGACCAAAUUUGAGCAGCACACAGUCCGGGCCAAGCAGAUCGCAGAGGCCGUUCGCCUCAUCAUGGACUCUCUGCAUGUCGCGGCUCAGGAGCAGCGCGUUUACUGCCUGGAAACACGUGAAGAGCGGCAAGACCGGCUGAGGUUUAUUGACAAACAGCUAGAGCUCUUGGCACAGGACUACAAGCUGCGAAUUAAGCAGAUUACAGAGGAAGUUGAAAGGCAGGUGUCGACUGCAAUGGCUGAGGAGAUCAGGCGCCUCUCUGUACUGGUGGACGAGUACCAGAUGGAUUUCCAUCCUUCUCCAGUCGUUCUCAAGGUUUAUAAGAAUGAACUGCACCGCCACAUUGAGGAAGGACUGGGCCGGAACAUGUCUGACCGCUGCUCCACGGCCAUCACCAGCUCCCUGCAAACCAUGCAGCAGGACAUGAUAGAUGGCUUGAAACCCCUUCUUCCCGUAUCUGUGCGGAGUCAGAUAGACAUUCUGGUCCCUCGGCAGUGCUUCUCCCUCAGCUAUGACCUCAACUGUGACAAGCUGUGUGCUGACUUCCAGGAGGACAUCGAGUUCCAUUUCUCUCUCGGGUGGACCAUGCUCGUGAAUAGGUUCCUGGGCCCCAAAAACAGCUGUCGGGCCCUGAUGGGCUACAACGACCAGGUCCAGCGCCCCGUCCCCCUGACACCAGCCAACCCCAGCAUGCCCCCUCUCCCUCAGGGCUCACUCACCCAGGAAGAGCUCAUGGUUUCCAUGGUUACUGGCCUGGCCUCCCUGACCUCCAGGACCUCCAUGGGCAUCCUCGUUGUUGGAGGAGUGGUAUGGAAGGCAGUGGGCUGGCGGCUUAUCGCCCUCUCCUUCGGGCUCUACGGCCUCCUCUACGUCUACGAGCGCCUCACCUGGACCACCAAGGCCAAGGAACGAGCCUUUAAGCGCCAGUUUGUAGAGUAUGCCAGUGAGAAGCUGCAGCUCAUCAUCAGCUAUACUGGCUCCAACUGCAGCCACCAAGUCCAGCAGGAGCUGUCUGGGACCUUUGCUCAUUUGUGCCAGCAAGUCGAUGUCACCCGCGAGAACCUGGAACAAGAAAUUGCCGCCAUGAACAAGAAAAUUGAAGUUCUUAAUUCGCUUCAGAGCAAAGCAAAACUGCUCAGGAAUAAAGCCGGUUGGUUGGACAGUGAACUCAACAUGUUCACGCACCAGUACCUGCAGCCCAGCAGAUAGUGUGUGGCCUGGAGCUGGAGCCUGCAUGGAGAUGGGGUGCCGCCGCCAGCCCCUCCGUGCACUGUGGGCCUCCCACCAGGAGUCGUGCAGCUCCUGCCUGUGGCCACCGCUGUGACAAUUGAAAGCACCCCUUAAAUGCUAGUUAAUUUUUUCCCCUCCUCUGUCUGCUGUUGCAGCAGACUCUUCCAUCUCAUAUCCCCAAAGGAGACUGCUUUGAACGAUGAUGAGUGACAGCAUGGUACCAGGGAGUUUAAGUGGAGCCUUUGCUCCAUCAGGUUCACUGAUUGCAAAUCAUUUGAAUGCUCGCUAAGGUGUCUGGGUCUCUUGGCAUUGCCGAGUGCUGAUUGACACCUCCAAGGUUAUCAGACACCUCACCUUCUCCUAGCCAGCACUAGCACCGGCUUCUCUGCACCUGCCCUUCCUGCACCCAGCACAUCUGUAGAGAGAGGCUCCUUUGGAGGGGUGGUUGGAUUCUCUUCCUUGACUGAAUCAGAAAUAGUCCCAGGAAGGCUGAGUCCAUCUCAGGACUUCCUGCUGGGUGAGCGGGGCCCUUCAGCAUUCACAUUCUUUCCCAUUGUAGAGCCUUUUAGACAAGUCUUUGUGGUGGGGCUUGUUAAUGCCUUAGGUUUUAGAUUGAGCAGGCCCUCUGCCAAGAGGGGUGGGACAGAUUGCUGCAGAGGUCACUAAGAAUAUCUUUAGGAGAGUGGUGUGUGAAAAGGUGUGUCUGAUGGGUGCUGUAGUGUCAGAGCUGGGGGCUAUUGCCAUGACAAGGAAGAUGUUGCCCCUUCACUGAGUUGCAUGCUCUAGUUUUGGUCCUUGGCCUGUGUAGUCUGGUUUUAUUAUUGAAGAAUGGUAGUUUGGUUCUGAUUUGUUAAAGGAUGUAGUAGAACGAAGUGUGGUGCAAGGGGUGGGGUGGACCUUGGCGACAGGCCAAGGGAGUGGGACCCCACCUAGGAUGGCUAGAGAAUAUGGUGUCAGUGUAGAAUGGGCCUUCCAUUUGACCUCACUCUAGGCAGGUUUCAUGGGCCCGGAGAUCCCCCACCCCACUUGCUUGGUUAUAUCUCUGUUAUGUCCCUAAGAGAUGUCUCCUUGUCUACCCCAUGCUGCCCUUGGCGACCAGCCUUCUGGACCUAAUUCCUGUGUACUCAGUGACUGCAGUUGGCCGAGAGAAGGUGUGGGAAACCCAGCACCCACACUCCCACCUUCCUUGGAUCCCUGCAGCCUCUGACUGGUACACAUUUGUCCUCAUGUUGACUUUGAGAAACGUUUCCUGUUGUCGAGUUUUGGGAUUGUUACUGGUCAAAGUGGGGUCAGGUUCCUGUCUGCUAAGUGUUAAGGCUGGGAAAAGCAGCCUUUGGGUGACAGAGCCUGUGGUGCGCAGCUCUGGCAGCUUUUAGUGGAAUGUAACACCUUACCCGGAAACAAGCCCACAGGGCAGGGGCUCAGGCAGGGAGAUGAAGUUUGGUUCCUGCUGGGUUUUCAGUCGAGCUGCUGUGGUCUUCAGGAAAUGCGUUGGUGGCCUCUGCUCACUGGUGGGUGGCCACAUGGGUGACAUCCUCUCCACUUACCUGCUUGUCUACAAACCCUCGGUCUACCCUAUUGCAUGGAACAAAGUGACGGACUCUGCCAGGGAGGAUACAUGUGGGAGAAGGUUCUGAGCAUUUUGCCAGGCCUGGGUCAUGGUUACCUCAUCGUGUGCCAGGAAGAAAUCAGUGUCACACAAUUCCAAUGAAUUUUGUGCUCUUUUUAAAAAAUUAUUUAAAAAUAAGUAAACAUGAAUUUUUUGAAUGUAGCCCAUGGGAAACGAAUAGAAUUUUGAACUUCUUACACAAUAAAUAAUAUAAAAUUUAUACUGCUGAAGGAGAGACCCUUUCCAAAAGAAGUUUGGCCAAAAGCACUUUAAUUGAAUGCUGCUAACUUUGUUCUCUGUUUUUAUGUUCAUUUGCUAGAGUGCAAGAUGUGUUCGACACUGUGAGUUUUCUCUCUGAUUACUUAAGGCGAUAAUAUUUGCCUGAAUUACUCCUGUAUCAUUGCUGAUAAUAUUGGAAACUGAAAUAAAACGUAGUUGGAAACCCUU